GUUUUCCCCUUUGCUUACAUUUGAAGAAAUCGAGAGCAAGCGAUAGAGAGAGAGUGAGAGAGAAAGAGAUGUAUGUAGUGACGCCUCCUCAAAGAUCCGGUUUUGGAUCCGACUGUGAUUUACGGGUUUACCAAACAUGGAAAGGAAGCAAUAUAUUUUGUCUUCAAGGAAGGUUUAUUUUCGGGCCGGAUGUAAGAUCACUUGGUCUGACCAUAACUCUUAUCGUGGUUCCUGUUACGAUUUUCUGCAUCUUCGUUGGUAGCAAACUAAUGGAGGACUUCUCUGAUAGUUGGGGAGUAUCAAUAGUCUUUGUUGCUGUUGUCUUCACCAUUUAUGAUUUAAUUCUGCUGAUGCUUACAUCCGGAAGAGAUCCAGGUAUUAUCCCAAGAAAUUCUCAUCCUCCAGAGCCUGAAGUUCUUGAUGGCAACACAGGCUCGGGGACAAGCCAAACUCCAAGAUUGCCUCGCGUUAAAGAAGUAGAACUUAAUGGCAAAAUAUUUAAGGUCAAGUACUGUGAUACCUGCAUGCUCUAUAGACCGCCUCGCUGCUCACAUUGUUCGAUUUGCAACAACUGUGUAGAAAGGUUUGACCAUCACUGUCCUUGGGUUGGUCAAUGUAUUGCCCAAAGGAACUAUCGAUUCUUCUUCAUGUUUGUCUUCUCCACGACUCUUCUCUGCAUAUAUGUGUUCGCCUUUUGUUGUGUCUAUAUAAGGAAGAUCAAAGAAUCUGAAGAUAUAACCAUCUUGAAAGCAAUGCUCAAAACUCCAGCUUCCAUUGCCCUGAUACUCUACACAUUCAUAUCGACGUUUUUCGUUGGAGGCUUAACAUGUUUUCAUCUCUAUCUCAUCAGCACAAAUCAGACUACAUAUGAGAAUUUCAGAUACAGUUAUGACAGGCUUAGCAACCCACAUAACAAAGGAGUGGUUGAUAACUUUAAAGAAAUCUUUUUUUCUCCAAUACCUCCUUCAAAGAACAACUUCAGGGCUAUGGUACCAAGGGAAAAUCCAAUACCGCCGAGAUCAGUUGUUGGCGGUUUUAUGAGUCCAAACAUGGGAAAAGCCAAUGAUGAUAUUGAAAUGGGGAGGAAAGGCGUUUGGGCAAUGGCUGAACAUGGUGAUGGCAAAAAUGGCAAUAACAAUGAACGGUUUCAUGUUAACGACAAUGAGUUAAAUGAGUUAUCACCAGACAUGAGGACCAUAGUGGAUGGUGAUGAACAAAUCGAUAGGCCAAACAAUCACCCGAGGAACGCAAACUGGGAAAUGUCACCAGAAGUUAUGGCCUUAUCAGCAAGAAGAGCUUAGAAAAACAGACAGUUAAAUCUUAAAUCAUUGUGUUAGUGUAAUCUAUGACUUAAACAGUAGUAAUCUUUCACAGAAUGAGAAAACAAAAUGAAUACAGAAGAUUUUCAUAAUGUACUUUGCAUAUGAUAAAAUUGCAGAAACUGAAUUUACAGACAAGUGGACCAGAAGACCAGACAACUCUUAUUAUAGUGUUCAUUGAAGCACGGCUCUGCAAUAAAUGCAAUAGAGCUCU